AUGAUCACACUAGAAGGGCUCCCCGACUCUAUCCUUGAACUUGUGAUAGAUCUAUUACCUCAACAGGCCAAAUUCAAUCUAUGUCUUGUCAACUAUAAGUUUUACCAAGUGGUCCAGCCAGAGCUCUACGAAAAUCUAAUAUUUACUAUCAGUUCGAUUAUUCCCUCUAAGUCGGAUUUUCGCAGCUCUUUGGCCACUAUAAUCGGCGGAUCCAGCAAUCCUUUGGUAAGCACCGAAUCGCAGAGAAAGCUGUAUAAUGUCAGACAGGAAGUGUUGCUUCAAUCAUUAUCCAUCAACGAGCAGUUAGCCAAAUUCAUCAAAAGGGUAAUUGUUUAUACAGGAAAGGAAGAAGGAGUUUUUUCUUCAAAUUCUAUCAAUGAUAAGAAUGACGACGAUAAUGCAGCAUUUCCUGCAGCCAAUCUCAAGCUUCUUGAUCUCAUUAAGAAGCGAUCCGUCAACUUGGUUCAAUUCACUGUCAUUGGAGAUACAUCAAGGGGCAUCGCCGGAUUGACUAAGGAGCAGAUUUUGUUAUUACCUCGUUUGGAGAGGCUUGAUAUAACUGAUUUAACGUACCUCGACUGCUUGACAGAUAGUAUCAAGACUUUAGUUAUUCACAAAUUGACGACAAAUCGAUUCGACCUAAAGACCUCUAAACCAGAUAUCAUCAAUCAAAUUGGUCGUUUGGACUCACUUAUUAUCAACGAUGAAGAUGCUCAGGUGAGAUUUUUGCAAUACCUCAUCGGAGAUAAUCCUAAGUUGACGUUCAAGUUUAAAGCACUCAGACUUCUUCAUUACCAUGGCUUCAGUGAUUAUAAUGUUAUCAGCACAAGAUUAGCUCUUCAGUUGCUAAAUUACGUGGAUAGAGAAACCCUCAAAAGUUUAGAGUUGGUCAUGGGAUGUGAUCACAUAACCUGUGAUUGCUUGAAAGAAUUGGUUAAUAAUAUUACGGUGAAAAAGGACUUUGAUCUUACUAGAAUGGCAAUUCAGCAGUUCACUGUCCACAAAGAUCAUAACUAUUCGGAGAAAUUUGACUUCUAUGUUAGUGAUUUGCUUAGUAAGAUGAAGCACAGAAGUUCGAUCAGAUAUCUUUGCAUUAGUUACGAUACCCCUAACGAUUUCAAUAUUGGUAAUGGGAUUAAGGGUAAUGGCAUCGAGGGUAACUGGUUGAAGCGAAAGAGACUAUUUGCCGCAACACUACCUAAACUAACAGGACUAAAAACCUUGGUGCUACCACAUUUUCUUGAGAAUGCGGCAGGCUACGAGCAGAUCAUUUCGGACCUGCUAUGGAACGGUUGUAAAUGUUCUCACUGCAAAGAUUAUCUAUCUUUAUUUGACUACUAUAUCAUGCAUCACCAAUAUUACAACAGUCUUGAUGGUUACAUGACAGAUAUGAUAUCCCCGAUACUAUUUGGAAGUGCCGGUAGAGUGAUGGCCUCACGGGUGAUUGAAGAUUUCAAUUUGAAUGCAUUGAAAUAUCCUCCUCUUGAUACAUACUGGAAUUUCCACAAAGGUAAUGGUAUUUCACAUUUCAAAUCUCAGGAUAAAAAUGAUUGCAAAUUUAAUGAGAGCUGUUUCAAACCGUUAACCAAAUGUAUCUCGCACUUUUUCUUGGAGUACGUUGAGAGCUAUGGAAGCAGUUUACCAUCUCUCAAUUUGGUGGUGAUGAACGGUGAAUAUUUUGAUAGAGUUGAAGGUAAAUCAAGUGAAUGGAUUUGUGAGUAUGCUUAG